UCGGUAAUAAUCAUCGUUCGUAUGUAUAUGAUGGUGUUGAAAACACUUGUAUAAAUAAUCGACGAUGCUCGAAGAAUUUGGUUUGUAGUUCGCGUCACACCUCGCUUGUGCGAAACGGACUGACUCGCGUGACUAGUCUACGGGGACGCACACUCAGCAUACCUCUGUACGCUAGUUUGGGCUGCUAUUUUGAAAAUAUUUCCAAGCCAAAAAAAACAUGUAUCCCUUUACCACUGGCGUAAGCGCUGUCGUUUUGUUGUUCCAAGUGAUACAGUUAACGCGAUCGCAGCAGUUGUACGAGAGACCGAGGCCUUUGCAAGGUGCUUACAACGGACCCUACGAGGAGAUUUGCUCAAGCCAAAUUUAUUGUCAUGGUGAGCUUUUGGACGACGUGCAAUCAGCGAGAUUGUAUCCAGAUUCUAAGACGUUUGUAGACAUGACAAUGUUACGUGAUGAGGAGGACAUCGUAAACGAUUACAAAGAAUUAAAAAAAUCGUACGGUGGAGUGCCCGACAACCAAACUCUACUGGCGUUUGUAAAUGAAAACUUUAAAACAGAAGAACUUCAAAAGUGGCUUCCCCCAGAUUUAGUUGAUUAUCCUGCUAUCGUGGAGUACAUACGGGAUCCCGCUUACAGACAACUGGCGGUGGAUGUCAACCAAAUAUGGAAGCUUUUGGCGAGAAAGAUACCCGAUGACGUCAGAGAGUCUCCGAAACGUCAUUCGCAUAUAUACGUGCCAAACGGCUUCUUUGUGGCUGGCGGUAGAUUCAGCGAGUUGUACUGCUGGGACACUUACUGGAUAAUAAGAGGAGCUCUACUAUGCGGAAUGAAAGAUACUGUAAAGGGCAUUCUCGAAAACAUGUUACAUUUGGUGAAAACCUAUGGAUAUAUGCUUAACGGUAAUCGAGUUUAUUACUUAAAAAGGUCACAACCGCCCUUACUCAUAAAAAUGGUAUACGUCUAUUGGGUCUUUAGCAGAGACAUCAAAUUUAUCUACGAUCACAUUGAGACUCUAGAAACCGAAUUUAAUUUUUGGAUGAGCAAGAGAACAAUCAUUGUAGAAAAAGCCGGUAAAAGGUACAAAAUGGCACGCUACAAUACUGCUACUAAAGGACCGCGACCAGAAUCUUACUACGAAGACAAAGCCUUAGCCAAAUCUUUGCCCGAUGCCGAUAAAGAUGAGCUGUACACCAGAUUCAAAUCAGCCGCAGAAUCCGGAUGGGAUUUUUCAAGCAAACAUUUCAACAAUUAUGGACAGAAUACAGGGACCCUCAUGAAUACGGAUCCUCAAAAUUUCAUCUAUGUGGAACUAAACUCAAUACUUCAAGGUAACGCACGAAUUUUAUCUGAAUUGUUUUUACUAACUAAAAACUAUGCCAAAGCAGUAAAAUACGCAGCACUCGCUCAACGGUUUCAAAUCGGAAUAGAUGCUCUUUUAUGGAACGAAGCGGCAGGUAUUUGGAUGGACUACGAUAUAUCGACACAAACGCAUCGCAAUUACUUUUAUCCGUCUAAUCUGACACCACUCUGGACCGGUAGCUACAACAAAAGGCUGACCAGGGAAUACGGAGAACUAGCCGUAAACUACCUAUUGAAGAACAAGAUUAUUAACGAAAAUCUCGAACCAAACUAUCUAGGAGUGCCGACUUCAUUGCUCGACACUCAUCAACAGUGGGAUUAUCCCAACUGCUGGCCAGCGUUGGAAGCAAUAGUCAUAUUUGGUCUGGAUAUGACUGAUAGCCCGAGAGCGAAAGAAGUGGCGUACAAUUUAGCUAGUUCGUGGGUGUACACAAACUAUGUUGGCUUCAAAAAGACCGGUUAUAUGUUUGAGAAAUACAAUGCAAUUUACUUGGGCGAAAGUGGCUACGGAGGAGAAUACGUAGCGCAAACGGGAUUCGGUUGGACAAACGGAUUGCUGUUCGAAUUGCUGUACAAAUGGGGACAUAAACUCAAGUCGGAAUAGAAUUAUAAUAAGGAGAAGCAAAACAAUAUGAUAAAAACGAAAAUUUCUUUAACAUUGUUAAAAGUAUUUCAUCGUUAUAAUUGUUUACUCGUUUUGGAAAAUUAAAAUCUGUAUAUAAAAUUGUUUACUUCUUUUGGAAAAUAAAAAUCUAUUAUAUUUGA